CAAGGCGUGGAAUAGUGUCUCGUUUCCAAAAGUGUUUCUCUGUAGAGAGAGGGAUAGAGAUAGUGAGCAUCAUCGGUGGCCUGAUGACACUGAGCAUCGACAAUAGCAACCAGGCUUGAGUUAAAAUCAUAAAGCCGUUUCAAAGUAUAUCCUGAGAGCUUCAGGACAGCCGCCGGGAGACAGGCUACAUCAUGACUGCAAUGGAGGGGCAGGCAGAGACUGGCUGGAUGACUGAAUAACACUGGUCACCUUCUGAGGAAUAACGCUGCUACUGACCGUUAAAGCGAAGGAGCUGACUCAGCGGUUUAUACAGCAAAGUUGUGAGAGUGGUUGACCCCCUCAACGCUUCUCCAUUAGAGUACUGCAAAAAUACAUCAUGCCGCCCCCAGUCGACAUCGUGAAGGUGGCUAUUGAAUGGCCUGGUGCGAAUGCUCAGCUAAUAGAGAUGGACCAGAAGAGAGCUUUGUCCUCAAUAAUACGGGAAGUUUGUGAUGGCUGGUCUUUAUCCGGCUCAGAGCAGUUUGCUCUGCGUUAUGCUGAUGGCCCUCAGCUUUAUAUCACGGAGCAGAGCCGUAGUGAAAUCAAGAACGGGACGAUCCUUCGAUUAGCUAUCUCACCUGCUCGUGCCGCCCGCCAGCUCCUGGAGAGGAUCCAGUCUCACGGUAUUGACGCUCGGCUGGAGGCUCUGAAGGAGCUCGCCAAGCUGUCCGCAGACCCAACCUUUGCAGCAGAGUUCAUCAACAUGGAGGGCAUAGGGACUCUGGCACGUCUUGUUGAGAGUGGCACCCACUUUGGUGAGAUGCUGGCCUUCACUCUCACUGCCUUCCUGGAGCUCAUGGACCAUGGCAUUGUGUCCUGGGACCUUAUCUCCCUCUCCUUCAUCAAACAGAUUGCAGGCUACGUGAACCAGCCAAUGGUGGACGUAUCCAUCCUGCAGCGCUCUCUGGCCAUCUUGGAGAGCAUGGUCCUCAACAGUCACAGCCUCUACCAUCGGGUGGCACAGGAGAUCACCGUGGGACAGCUCAUCGGGCACCUGCAAGUGUCAAACCAGGAGAUCCAAACCUGCAUAGCGCUCAUCAACGCUCUCUUCCUGAAGGCACCAGAGGACAGACGGCAGGAAAUGGCAAGCACUUUGGCUCAGAAACACCUGCGAUCCAUCAUCCUCAAUCAUGUGAUCAGAGGAAAUCGACCAAUCAAAGCAGAAAUGGCACACCAGCUGUAUGUGCUGCAGGUAUUGACCUUCAACCUCUUGGAAGAACGGAUGAUGACCAAAAUGGAUCCUGGGGUUCAGGCUCAGAGAGACAUCAUUUUCGAGCUGCGUAGGAUUGCUUUCGAUGGAGAAAAUGACCCCACUGGUACAGAAAAGAGAAAGGCCAUGUACACCAAGGACUAUAAGAUGCUGGGGUUCACUAACCAUGUGAAUCCAGCCAUGGACUUCACCCAGACUCCUCCGGGAAUGCUGGCUUUGGAUAACAUGCUGUACCUCGCCAAGGUUCACCAGGACACGUACAUCAGGAUUGUGCUAGAGAACAGCAGCCGCGAGGACAAACACGAAUGUCCCUUCGGCCGGUGUGCCAUCGAACUCACUCGAAUGUUGUGCGAGAUUCUCCAGGUUGGAGAAUUGCCUAAUGAAGGAUGUAAUGACUACCACCCCAUGUUCUUCACUCAUGACCGGGCAUGGGAGGAGUUCUUCUGUGUCUGCAUCCAGCUGCUGAAUAAAACCUGGAAGGAGAUGCGAGCCACAGCUGAGGACUUCAAUAAGGUGAUGCAGGUGGUUCGUGAGCAGAUCACCAGGGCUCUGGCGAUGAAGCCGUCCUCUUUAGACCAGCUGAAGAACAAGCUGCGAGGCCUCAACUAUUCAGAGAUCCUGCGUCUGCGGCAGUCAGAGAGAAUGAGUCAGGACGACUUCCAGUCUCCUCCCAUCAUUGAGCUGCGGGAGAGAAUACAGCCCGAGAUCUUAGAGCUCAUCAAGCAGCAGCGACUCAACCGCCUGUGUGAGGGGAGCUGUUUCCGGAAGCUGGGGAACCGCCGAAGGCAAGAGAAGUUUUGGUUCUGCAGACUCUCACUGAAUCACAAAGUGCUGCAUUAUGGAGACCUCGAUGAGUCACCUCAGGGUGAAGUGCCUUUUGAGCUACUCAGUGACAAGAGUAAGAUUUAUUUCUUCAAUCCCGUCUCUGACAUCAAGUCUGUGGUGACUGGAAGGACUGGCCCUCAUAUGAAAGAAAAAAGUGCUCUCAAACAAAACAAGGGUAAUGAGGUGCUGGAGUUAGCCUUCUCUGUCCUCUAUGAUCCUGAUGAGACACUCAAUUUUGUGGCACCCAACAAGUAUGAGUACUGCAUCUGGACCGACGGCCUGUGUGCGCUGCUGGGCAGGGAGAUGGGCAGCGACCUGACGCGCAGUGACCUGGAUACUCUCAUCAGCAUGGAGAUGAAGCUCCGCCUCCUCGACCUUGAGAACAUCACAAUCCCAGAAGCCCCGCCCCCCGUGCCCAAGGAGCCUAGCUCGUAUAACUUCACCUAUAACUACAGCUGAGAUGCGUGUGGUGUGUGUGUGCAGUGAAUGUGUGUGUUUGUCAAGGAUGAGUAUUCCUUGAUGAGUUAAGCUGCCGUGGAAAAUACUUUUUUUUUAACUUUCAGAACCCUGGAGACUUUUCUCCACCUGUGUUUGUGAUGCUGUAUGGUUUGACAAAUAGGAGAUGUUUAUAGCUUCACAGGGAGUUUAGAGUCAUGGUCCACUACAGAGCCGCCGGUCAGAUUCAAUGAGGGUUUCUCCUUUAUCUGUGCCGUUUCCAGGCAACGUUUACCCAUUUCUAGCCAUUUAAACUUCUAAACUUGUCUGUAAGUCGAGGAAUACUUUGCCUGAUGGGGACAUAAAUGAAAGCUGCUACAAAACUGCUAUUUAGUCUUUGUUCAAGUAUUUAUCUCAUUCUGUGUUGUCUCCAUGGCAACAUAAAUGAAUUAGCUACCUAACCAGUUAGGAUUCUUUGUUCUCUUGAUUCGGUCUGUCCCUUCUGACAGACUUAGAGUGAAAUGUGACACAAAGUAGAGUGAGUGGGCCGAGAGUUUGCCACAAGCGAUAUUCAGCUGGUGUCGUGAUCAAGGUCGCUUCAGUAGGAGGGAUCGUUGAUGUCAGGGGGGAUCGAACAUAACUCCCUAAUCAGUACACCAUCCACCACCCCGUUCGAGGUCUCAUAAAUGUUUAAUAUCUGACGUUCAGUUCAGUGUUUCAAUUAGAAAGGUUCGGAAAUUCAGUAAUAAAGAGAGCAGGAAACAUAAAGCCGUCAACUUGUGUAAGGCAGAAGCAGAUGAGCUCUAAUCUCAGUGCUGUCUCUCAUACUGGGACAUGAAUUUAUGAAUUUUCUUUUUUUGUUUUAUCUAUAACAUAACAUGAAUAAUUGAAAAUGAUUCACCAGGAGUAAUGUUCUCAAGGUUAAAGAUCUAAAAUGAGUUGUUUAGUCUGACUAAUGUUUUGCAAACCCCAAAGCAAUUUUAAUUUCUAUUAUAAAGUCAAAGAAAAACCAGCAGAUACUAAUAUUCGAGAAGCUAGGACCAGUAAAUGUAGGUGUUCUUUUCUCUUUCUUAGAGGAAUCUUUCGUAAACAAUGAAGUGUUUGUCGUUUUUGCAGAAGAAUUAAGGCCUGUCCAGCAACUUAUCAAUUAUUACUCUACCAUGUUUUCAGAUGCACUAAAGUGGUGCUGUCAGCUUAUAUAUUUUCUUGACAUUCAUGCUGCUUUAAUCACUUCUCUCCUUAGACUACAAACCUUUAUAGUUUGUAAACCGUGAGAAGAAGUGGGUAAAUGUAUCUCAUUGGAGAAGCUGUUAUUGCGUAAAGAGUGUACAUUUGAGUGUACACAUAUUGAGAUUUAGUGGUAAUUGUUUAUGUUGAGAGAUAUUUCGUGAGUGUGAUGCUGGGGCUAAAGCUCCCACAUCCAACACAUUAUAAAACAUGAAUUACCUUUUUUUAUUCAUAGUCACUGCAUUGCCUUAUCACUCCAAAGUCAUUAUAUAUAUUUAGUAACAUUAGCAUUUAUAGAGGUAGUACAUGAAUUAUACUUUAAGUGUGUGUUGAAAACAUUGUUGUUAUUAUGACUUCCCCUGAGAAGCAUUCAUACAUGGCGUAUAAACAGUUAAUCAAUGUUUGAUAACAGCAGUUCACUUGAAAUAAUAUGUAAUCAUUUUUUUUUUUACUGUAUUAGCUUACAUUUUUUUUAUCUUACAGUGUGUUUAACAUAAUUUAGGAACUCUUAAUAUUAACUUUUACAUUAAGAGCAAGAUUAAAACUAUUUCUAGAUGUUUAAAACCACUGAAAAUAUGAAUAUGUAUGAUUACGACGAAAUGUUCUGCUGUGUUAUCAAACAUAAUUAAAUGUUAAUACAACUGUAAAUGCCUUAUAUGAAGAGUAACAGUUGUUAACAAAUACAUUAUUAAACACAGAUAUUAGCAGUUGUUUUUUUGAAGAACAAAUUAAAUUCAAAUGUGUUUGACGCCCCUCUUAAAGGUCACCUAUUAUGCGAAAUCCACUUUUUCAUGUCUUUUAUACAUACAUUUGUGUCCGCUCUGUGUUGAGAUUUGGAAAGUUUGAGGAAAACAUAUUCGCUCUCUUUUAGUCCUGAUCCAUUUAUAUAAAAACCUGUCUGAAAAUGAGCUGCUAUAAUAAUGCUCCCCCCAUUAUCACCUGAAUCUCCUCCUAGAGCACCAAUGUGUUAUUUUUAACCAAAUAUCUCGCAGAGGGGCGUGGGGAGCAUUAGUUCAUUUUCAUUUAAAGCUACAGAUACAGAAUCAGCACUUUUGAAACAGGGCUGAGACAGAGGGGUUUAUGGCAUGCUACAACUCAUGAUCUGUUUGGUAUUUCAGCCAAACACUUCAGAGGCAUGUUUUGUUCAUAUCUGAGACCUAUAAUGUGUUGUUGAAAAAGAGUAUAAUAGGGGACCUUUAAACUUCUAUUAAUCAGCCGUUUAAGGCUUGAUAUUGUAUUGUUUUAUUCAUACUGCAUAAAGGAAUGGGAGCUGGUCAGAAACAGCUGAGUGUCAUGUGCGUGAGAAUCGGGAACAUCUAGUUCAGCUCAUGUAACAUAUGACCAGAACGUAGUUGUGCUCUGUACAGUAAAGUGAUAUACAUUAUAGUGCUAUUGUUUGAUGUUGUUUUACCAGAGCGUCAUUGUUUUGUGUAUUUUAUUCAUGUCACUGUCAACUAUCAAAUGUACUAAUCACUACUGUCACUUGUUAAUGCAGAAUAGAUUUAUAUUUUUGUAAAUGAUUGUACAAUCUUAACAGCUGUGAAGGGAAAGGGUAUCCAGCUAACAGCAUUUUCCCUUUGCGUCGCUCUGUACGGUACAUUCAACACGCUCAUUACUGUGGAAGGGCAUCUCACACUGGAAAGAGCUUUUGAUCUUCACAAUUUUUAAAGUCACAACCACGUUUUCAUACUACAAGCACCUCAUAUUCUUAGGAAUGACACCCACUCCAGCACCUAAUGAUGAUGUCAGUGUUAAUGUAUCUUAUAAUGCUUAUGGAAUAAUGAAAAUUGCCGUUACUGUUGAUGUUUGUGAAAAGGAAUAUAUUUGAAAUCAGCUUUUUUUCGGAAAAUGUUUUUGCUGUCUGAUUUUUAACUGAUGUUGAAUGUUAGAAAGGUACCCUGUGGAGAUUUCAGACCAUGAGUUGUUCUGGGGAUCUAUUUUUCUUGAUGUUACUGCCUGGUUUUUUUUUUCUUGUUCACACAAACAAGGGAACACAUGCAGUACACUUUCCAGCUAAUAGUUUUACGAUAUUUCACUGUUCAACAGGUGGCUUGGUAAAUCACCAAGAAAUACAGCAAUGUGCCAGAAAAGGACGUAGUGUUGAGCAAGCUAUUAAAACAGUACUGGAGUUAAAAUACUUAUAAAAUCGACCUUGCAAAAGUAUUGUGAACUGUUGUAUGACCUUGGCUAUACAUAUGUUUUGUUUGUUUACUAGAAAACUCCACAGGGCCUCCUUUUUACUGCCUAAAAAAGGUUAUUUAUAAUUCAGCAAGUCAUUUAACUACUGCUAAAAUAUAUCAAUAAAUUCCGAAAGUAAGUGAAGGAUUGUUGCAUUGGAUGUACUAACAGUAUGACUUGAAGUUUACGCAUCUGGUACUCUUUUACAUGACUUGCUAAGCUAUUUAUUUACACUUGCUAGUGAUAGUAAAGAAUGACGUGUUGUUAGAUAAGAAAUAACAACAUAAAAUCUAAAUAUGGUAUACAUAUAAAUCAUUGAUGUAUUGUGUUGCCUUAUUAAAGAAAAUGUAUUAUGUUUUCUGUGAAUAAAUACAGAGUCUAACUGCU